AUGAAGCAAAAAAAUCAAGGUAUAUCACGAGUAAAGCAUGGAAAUCUGCAAGCUCUUCGAAAGGAGUUCGAAGUUCUUCAUAUGAAGACAGUGGAAUUUGUGAAUGAGUAUUUUUCUCGCACUCUUACCAUCGCCAACAAGAUGAAAGCAAAUGGUGAGGAUAAGGGUAAUACUGCUAUUGUUGAGAAAAUUUUAAGAUCCAUGACUUCUAAGUUUGAUUAUGUUGUGUGUUCCAUUGAAGAAUCUAAAGAUAUUGAUUCUCUAACUAUUGAUGAACUGCAAAGUAGCCUAAUUGUGCAUGAACAACGCAUGAGCUCCCAUGUUGAGGAAGAACAGGCCUUAAAGAUUUCUCAUGGUGAUCACUCAGGAGGAAGAGGUCGUGGUCGUGUCAACUAUAGAGGAAGAGGUUGA